AUGUCCACCGCCUCCUCUACAGACGAUACAGACACCAAUCUGGAACAUGUGGAGUGUUCCUUCAUCGAAGAAUAUACUUUUGCGGAUGAGACCGGUAUUGAUCAUACCCAAUUCCGCGGAACGCCAAACGAGGACCGUCUUGCGAUAUCAGAAGAUUGGAAGAUAUUCGACAGUUAUUCGAUGAAAAUCCACGGAGCCCUCCUUUUCGAAUCCCCAGAGCCAGGAAUAUUUUCGGUUUUACUUGUUGACUUUACGGUAAACAAUGUCUCAGAGUUCCCAAGACGCCAGGUUCAAUGGUUCGACAAGGAGUUGGGACAUGCUGUUACAGCGAUAUGUCCACUCCCAGAAACAUCAACGGGCGUCGAUUCGGCAUUUGCAGUUGCCCUCUUCACUGGCCCUCUGGAUGAUUUUCUGUCCUUUCUUCACCGUUGUCCUCUGGUGGUAGCAUCGGAAUUCCCCAGUGCUAUGAAAGCUUUGAUGCUACUGUCCCCAGACGCGCUUCAGGUUAACCUACAGUUACAAAACCUCCGCUUAAAGAAAAGAGUCCUACUUGUUGGGAAGAGUAUGGCCUUGCCUGUAGCGGAGGUGGGAGGAAAAUGUAUGGAUCCUGUGAAGAUGGUGUUGAACGAUGUCGUGUCUGACCGCGUAUUCAAAUUCAAAGUAGAGGUGGAAUCAGGUGGAAUCCGGCCAAUAGCCAUGCAUUCUGAUGCAUGUUCCCAGCCAAAUCUACGUGCCGUGCACAAGCAAGAAGGAGGGUACCUGGAUACUAUUAGAGCAUCAACCGACAAUCAGGCUUACAGCGUUGAUGAAAAGAACACCUUGCUUGCAAUGGUCAUUGAUAUUGAACAUCCAUAA